AUGUGGAAGACAAGUUCUGUGCCAGUAUCAUCCGACACUGAAAUCCUACCCGGCAAAGACAUUGUACACGGCACAGAGACUGUACCGGGUAACGAGACUACAUACGGCACAAUACCUGUAAAUGUCCCAGGGGCUAUACCCGGCGAAGAGGCCAAACUCGACGAAGAGGCUGAACACAACGAAGCUGAACACAACGGAGAGGCUGAACACAACGGAGAGGCUGAACACAACGAAGAGACUCUACCCAUCACAGAACAACCCCCACAAACCUCAAAAUUCCAUCUGCUUAUCCCUGCAAAUGGCCCACGCUUGCAGCUAUGCAGGAACAUUGUAUCGUCGACCAUACUGGGGUAUCCAGUUCCCAUUUUCAAUGGUUGGGAAAAAACCGGGAAGUUGGAUGCCUCCGUCAGCCAUCUCGCCAAAGUCCGGAAUCUGAUGCAAUAUCUGGACAACUUACCACCUGCCUCUGAUGACGAUCUCGUACUCAUAGUCGAUGGCUAUGAUGUUAUUUUUCAACUCCCCGCUGAUGUUCUCAUUCAACAAUACUUCAAUAUCAUUGAAGUAUCCAACGCCAGAAUUGCUGCAAAAUAUGGCCUGGAUUCAAUAGAAAGUCUGUCUGGAGAAAACAGCCCACGACAAAGCAUUCUAUUUGGCUCUGAUAAAGUCUGCUGGCCAGGCGUCGAGGGUCGACCAGCGUGCUGGGCUGUACCUGAAGAUGUCGGCAUUCCUGCCGGAGCGUUCGGACCAGACCGUGGUAUCGAGGGCAAUAUGCCCCGAUGGCUCAAUUCUGGCACCAUAAUGGGCCCGGCGGCAGACAUGAGAGAAUUCUUCGCAGCAACUUUGCAGCGGAUCGAAGCCACAUACAAAACACAGCCGAAGUUCAGAGACUCAGAUCAAUUGUACAUGGCUGAUAUCUGGGGCGAGCAAGAAUUUUGGCGUUCUGUGGACAUCCACAACCAUAAAUUCCAUGAUGAUGUGGACCCAAAUACCCUCGCACCUACUGGAAAGAAAGACCUAGUCAUUCCAACUAAGGUUCAUGGUCAAAAAACGGAAUUUCAUAUUGGGAUGGACUAUGAAUCCGGGCUUUUCCAGACGAAUGCUGGCUAUGGCCGUUUUGUUCAACAUAUUGCUUUCAAUGCAGCUACAUCCAACGGCACUGCAUCAGCAUUGAUAACUAAAAACGUGGCUGAAUCCCCAGAUUUUGAGCCUUAUCAUAUUGACAUGCCUGCUAAUGUUAUCUCUUCAUUGAUAUAUCGCUUAAGUGCAAUCUCUGACACCAUCGAUGCCGAUCCAAAAGACAUCAUCAAGGAUAUGCGUCUCGGGACAAACCUCGUGACCAAAAAUAUCUAUGGGCUAUUCCAUUGUGCCGGCAAUAAGUCUCCUCUCAAUCACUUGUGGUACCAGCAAUGGUUUCAGCCGUACGCUCGACCACUUUUAGAAGCGGGGGCUCAGUCUCUGAAAGAAAAGGAGGAAAUUUCCGACGUACUCAUUGAUGGGCGGAAAUGGGUCGUCGCUCAUAGCUUCCCGAUCACAUCCAGAGAAGGCAUAAAUGUUGCUGGUGCAUGGGCGGAUUUUGAUGGCCGGUGGUUAACAUGGAAAGAGCUAUGCAAACCGUUCGAAGACGGAAUUUUCGGGAAGGAAUAG